CAAAGGGGGAGAGACUUCAGCGAACGAAACAUGCGAGUCAGUGCAUGGAAGUGAACGAGAACGAUUCGUUCAUUUAAAAGAUUCGUUCUGAAACACCGAUUCGUUAACAGCUCUAACUGUGAUCCACUUCGAGACAUUUAGCUAAAUGUUUUGGAUACAGUCUUGGUUACCGUUUUUCCGUGAAAAAACUUAAAACUGGCGUUCACAGCAGACCGCAGAACCUCACCAGUGGAAACUUUUUAGUCACGGAAAUAUUGUUCUUCUGGGUUUCUGGUUUUCUGGUUUUGGAUCAUUUGCACUGUCCCAGCCAAUGUAGUUUCAGUGGUUCGCGGUUCUGUAUAAGUUGUUAUCAGAACCGCCGUUUUAAUAUGUUUUGAAGCAUCUGCUUUUAUACGCUGGCCGAUCACCUCGUGCGAACCUGCCAACGCCUUUACUCUGGCUUCGUUAUUCUUCAGGCUGCAGGAAAAUUACUACAACGUUCGGUAUUAAAGAUUCUUAUUAAUCGUUUUAUAAACAUUUCGCAAAAUGGGUUGCACGUUAAGUGUUGAAGAUAAAGCAGCGAUGGAGAGGAGUAAGAUGAUUGAUCGGAACCUGCGAGAGGACGGAGAGAAAGCAUCCAGAGAAGUCAAACUACUGCUGCUCGGUGCUGGGGAAUCAGGGAAGAGUACAAUAGUUAAGCAAAUGAAGAUCAUUCAUGAAGAUGGCUACUCAGAUGAGGAGUGCAAGCAGUAUAAAGUUGUGGUUUAUAGCAACACUAUUCAGUCCAUCAUCGCCAUUAUCAGGGCCAUGGGCCGCUUAAAGAUCGACUUUGGGGAUCCUGCAAGAGCGGACGAUGCUCGGCAGCUCUUUGUGCUCGCCGGCACUGCAGAGGAAGGAGUCAUGACCCCUGAGCUCUCUGGGGUCAUCCGCCGGCUGUGGAAGGACGAAGGAGUGCAGACGUGUUUCAUCAGAUCACGAGAGUAUCAGCUCAAUGAUUCAGCAGCCUACUAUCUGAAUGAUCUGGAUAGGAUAUCCCAGCCCACCUACAUGCCCACUCAACAAGAUGUGCUGAGGACUCGAGUCAAGACCACUGGCAUUGUAGAAACACACUUCACCUUCAAAGAGCUCUACUUCAAGAUGUUUGAUGUUGGUGGCCAGCGUUCAGAGCGGAAAAAAUGGAUUCAUUGUUUUGAAGGCGUCACUGCUAUUAUCUUCUGUGUGGCACUCAGCGACUAUGACCUGGUGCUAGCUGAAGACGAAGAGAUGAACCGUAUGCAUGAGAGCAUGAAGCUUUUUGACAGCAUCUGCAACAACAAAUGGUUCACAGACACAUCCAUCAUUCUCUUCCUCAAUAAGAAGGAUCUGUUCGAGGAGAAGAUCAAGAGAAGUCCACUCACGAUAUGCUACCCAGAAUACUCUGGAACAAGCACAUACGAGGAGGCAGCGGCCUACAUCCAGUGCCAGUUUGAGGAUCUGAACAGAAGAAAGGACACAAAGGAGAUCUACACACACUUCACUUGUGCCACAGACACCAAGAACGUACAGUUUGUGUUUGAUGCGGUCACUGAUGUCAUCAUCAAGAAUAACCUCAUAGAGUGUGGCCUCUAUUGAAGCAUCAUCUGUCUGCUAAGAACAUAGAACCAUACGGAUAAAAAAAGCACAGACCAGUGGUGAAAAUCUGUUAACCCUAAAUGUGUUGUUCCUGGUUUUGUCUGGUGGCGAUUGAACAAGAGAGACUUCCUCCACACUGCAUGCAUUCUUCACGCUAAAUGCGGUACCUAUGCCCAUGGACAAUUUUUCCCCAUCCGUUCUUAAUGACAGUCUGUUAUGGACAUUAUUUUUUUGCCACUUCCUUUUAGUCAUUAUUUUAUUGCCAAUACAGCUUCAUUCUGCUCAUUUCCUGUUUCCUUUGUAGGUAUUACAUGGCACACCACUAUGCCUAGAUCAUAAUCCACAAUGGAUGGUAAUAUGUGCCUAUGCUAACCUCCACUGCAUCAAAUAUCUUUGUUUUUUCAACACUGCAAAGUGCAAACAGUAAGAUUUCAUUUUAGUAAGAGUCAUUUUAAUAACAAUGUAUCAGUUCUUAUGGGAAAGUUACUAUUUUGCCAUGUUUUUCAUAGUAAUUACUUAGCUAAUUUAUUAAUUUUAGAUUUUAGGUCUUUAAGUUUGCAUAUAAUUGCAUACAUAUCAGUUGUAUAUUGUGUUAUAUUAUUGUCAUACCUUUAGUAAUUCACAGCCCAAUCACACAGUAACAGGACACCAUUUAUUUUUUCACUAAUAAGACAUGGAUCAUUUUAUAUAACACUUUGCAUAACACACUAUUUUUGUAUCUCUUGAGGACCAGUAAAGGUGUGAACAAAUGUUUUUCUCACAGAUACAUUCCUGAAUGGUGCAGAAAUAAUGACCCUCUGUUGGGUCAAGAGCACUUGGGAACAAAUGCCAUGAAAACAUGAACAUGAUUGCCAGAUUUGCAUUCUUGAUAAGUAUAGAUUUUUCUAAGACUUGUUUGAUGUGAUUCUGUUUAAUCCUGUGGAUUUCAGUAUUUUAAAACAAACUGACACAAUGUGAUCUGGUUUGUAAUACCUGUAAUUAAUCUGAAAAGAGCUGACAUCAAGUUCGAUGUCCAUAAUAUCUUGCUCCCAGAACAUGCCAAACAGCCAGCAUGUGCAAGACAGACAUGAUCCAUAUAUUAUGUAAAAAGUAUGGUAUUCCAGUGCUGGUACAUUCAUGUUCUCAGUCUGGAUUCAUGCAACAAUCUGUGAUUUAUUUUCUAUAUCACUGUUCUUUAUUUUAUUGAACUAUUUCAGCUAUUUGAAACUCAAAAUGCAAGUGAACAACUAACAUUAAUUAAUGAUGGCACUGAAUCACUGAUAUGCUAAUAACUUGGUUUGUUUAGUUUUCUGAACACCCUUCUGUUGAGUAUUAUUUAAAACCUGUUUUGUUUUGUUUUUGUCUUUUCUGAUCAUGUGGAACUGUCCAUAGUACACGUCACUAGUACAAUGUCACCAGUUGCUGCAGUUUUGAGAAAAUGCAUAUAUAAUCAAAUGACCUUUGUUUAAAGAAACGUAUAGUAUAUACAUUAUCAUGAUCAGAAAUUAACUACAAGACACGAG